AUGGACGUAAACUCUAGGAAGGAAGGGAUCUGCCUCUCUGGAUCCAAUAAGCAGAAUUUUUUAUACAAAAUUGUAAAUGGCUACGAAAUAGAAAGGAAUACAAAAGGAAAGGGCUACGUGCUGCGGAUAGGAAAGGACACCUUCUCAUACAGUUACCACAGCAAAAAAGGUUUUAGCCUGUGGUAUUGCUCCAGACGAAAGAAGAGACUCUGUCGAGCCCGUGUACGAUUGUCAGAUAACGUAAGAUACACGCUAAGUCAGCAGGGUAAAGUGAAAGUUCUAUUCAGAGGUAGAUAUUACACUAAAGACCAAGUGAGGGAUGUCAAAACAAGAUGGCGGUGCUACAGACGGCGCGGCUGCACUGCUUACCUGGUUACUAUUUCUGGGGAACUGGUCAGGUUUCGCGAUACACAUAAUCACGACUGA